AUGUCCACUUCACUAUGGGGUACCUUUAUGGGCCAGAUGGCAAGCGUCAACGAAUUGAAUGCCAAAUACAACGCCCUUACUUAUGAAGAACAAAAAGCCAUGACAUUCUUCCAAAGACUAACGGCCUAUAAUUGGACUUUCGAACUAUUUGCUCUAGGUGCUCUAUUCUUAGUCGUUUGUUCCUACCUAAUCGGAUCAUCUCUUAACACUUCUCGUGCCAAGAAUCUUUUCAACCCAUUAGUGCAAUACUUAAAAGAUGAUUUGAACUUCACUCGUGUCGGAUUCACUACUGCUUCCAAGAAGGCUCAAACAUUCGUCUCCCAACAUUCCAAUACUUGGUUCACCACUUUUGCCACCGGUCGUUCCGCAAUCGAAAGCAUUACUGUUAGAGGCCACUUAAUAUCACGUAACAAUCCAACCGCCGUAUUUAUGGAAUUCCUCAUCAAUUUACUUUUCCCCGCCUUAUCCACUGAAACCGCAUCUGAAUAUGCAGAAAUCAUCAUCAAACCAAACGGUGUCCACGUUGCAAAUGAAACAAGUAACGUCAACUCGAACGCUGCUACUUUAGUGGAUACAAAUUUCAAAUUCAUUAGUUCAAUAGUUAAUAAGACAUUCAUGAAUGAAUCUCGUGAUAAGAAUUAUUUCUUAUCAGUGACUCAUAUCGCUGAGAAUGAUUCAUUGGCAAAGGAAUACGUAUACAUGGGUGAAUUUAAUCAAUUGAAUAGAUUCAUGAUGGAAUACUCCAAGGGAAAAGGUGAGAUUUUGAAUAAACUUUUGAAGAAGUCUGUAGGGUUUUUGCAAUUUAUUAGUUUUACAGAUUUGCCCUCAGUUAGACCAAUGGAUGAAGAUGAAUGGGCUAAGAGUUUGGUGCCUCAUGUGGUUAUUCGUACUAAUUUUGUUUCUUCGAAGAAAGAUGUAGAGAUUUUGAAAGAAUUGAUUUCUUGUGUUGUGGAAAUUAUUGAUAAUUACACUAAGGGGUUGGUUACUAAGGGUACUGUUGCCGGCACUGCUGAUGUAAUUGUCACUAAUGAAAUCUUGAAGAAGACGAAGAAUUUACGUGCUCAAGAAUUAGCUAAGAUUGUUAAAGAAAUGAAAAUGAUUGAAAUGGAAGAACAAAAGGAAAAAAGACAAGAAGAAGAAAGAGAAAGAAGACGUCAAUUAAAGAAAUCAGGUGAACAAGAAAAGAUUGAUAAGAAAAUGAAAGAAAAACGUGAAAGACGUCAAAAGAAUAAACAAAGAACAAGAAUGUAA